AUGGGUCCCAAGAUUGCUAUCGCGUACUACUCUAUGUACGGCCAUAUCCGCCAGCUCGCGGAGGCCGAGAAGAAGGGCAUUGAAGAGGCCGGAGGAUCUGUCACGCUCUUCCAAGUCCAGGAGACCCUCUCCGACGAGGUCCUCGCGAAGAUGCACGCUCCCCCCAAGCCCACAGACGUCGAAGUCCUCUCCGACCCCGCGCAGCUCGAGCCCUUCGAUGCUUUCCUCCUCGGCAUCCCCACCCGAUACGGCAACUUCCCCGCCCAGUGGAAGGUCUUCUGGGACAAGGCAGGCAAGCAGUGGGCGACCGGUGCCUACCAUGGCAAGUACGCGGGUGUGUUCGUAUCCACCGGUGGACAGGGUGGUGGUCAGGAGAGCACCGUCAUUGCGAGCUUGAGCACGCUUGUGCACCAGGGUAUCAUCUUCGUGCCUUUUGGAUACAAGAAUGCUUUUGCUCAGAUGUCCGACCUCACCGAGAUCCACGGCGGCUCUCCUUGGGGCGCAGGCACCUUUGCCUCAGGUGACGGAUCACGCCAGCCUUCGGCGAGGGAGCUCGAGUUGGCAACGAUCCAGGGACGGGCGUUCUACGAGACCGUCGCAAAGGCCGUUAAAUGA